AAACCUGCGGCAGCAGCAGCCGGGAUCGCACUAAUCGGGGCUCCCUGCAUCCAUCCGGGGCUCCUUCAAAUCCCAGAAUCACACUGUCCGGGGCUCCCUCCAUCCACCCGGGGCUCCCUGCAUCCCAGAAUAACACUGUCCGGGGCUCCCUCCAUCCACCCGGGGAUCACGCUAUCCGGGGCUCCCUGCAUCCCAGGGCUCUCUUUAUCCAGGGCUCCCCCCAUCCCAGGGCUCUGUAUACCCAGGGUUCCCUCCAUCCCAGGGUUCUCUAUAUCCAGGGCUCUCUCCACCCCAGGACUCCCUCCAAUCCCAGAGCUCCCUCUGUCCCAGUGCUCUCUCUAUCCUGGGCUUCCUCCAUCCCAGGGCUCUCUCUAUCCAGGGCUCUCUCUAAUCCCAGAGCUCCCUCUAUCCAGAACUUCCUACAUCCCAGGGCUCUCUCCAUCACAGGGUUCCCUCAAUUACAGGCUAACACCACCAAGCUUCUUUAUUCUUCUACCAAGCUCCAGCAUCCACUAAGCUUCUGUACCUCUCCACCAAGCUCAUUCACUUCUCCAGCAAGCUCCAAUCCCCCCCCCCCAUCCCUUACACCUCUCCACCAAGCUCCUGUAUCUCUUCACUAAGCUCUUUCAUUCUUCUACCAAGCUCCACCACCCUCCAAGAUCUUACACCUCUCCACUAAACUCCUUCACUCCUCCAGCAAACUCCACCACCCCCCAAUCCCUUACACCUCUCCACCAAGCUCCUUUACCUCUCCACCAAGCUCCUUCAUUCUUCUACCAAGCUCCUACAUCUCUAUACUAAGCUCCAGCAUCCACCAAGCUCCUUCAUUCUUCUACCAAGCUCCUACAUCUCUUUACCAAGCUCCAGCAUCCACCAAGCUCCUUCCAGCAUCCACCAAGCUCCUUCAUUCUUCUACCAAGCUCCUACAUCUCUUUACCAAGCUCCAGCAUCCACCAAGCUCCUUCAUUCUUCUACCAAGCUCCUACAUCUCUUUACCAAGCUCUAGCAUCCACCAAGCUCCUUUAAACAUGGGACUGGCUGGUACAGGUGACCUGCUAUUUGUGACUCUCCAGGACUGGCAUUAGACCCCCCUCGCCCUGGGCUCUGGGCGGGCCAGUCAGCUGUCUCCCACAGACACCUUCGAACUCCGACUUGUUUGAAAUGAUUGAAAAGAUGCAGGGGUGCAGAAUGGACGAGCAGAGGUAUUCUCUUCCUCCUCCUCUUAAGACCGAAGAAGAUUAUAUUCCGUACCCCAGUGUCCAUGAGGUGUUGGGAAGAGUUAGACCCUUUCCCCUCAUCCUUCUUCCACAGUUUGGGGGAUACUGGAUUGAGGGAACCAACCAUGACAUCUCUGUUCUGAUGAAUGCUGAAACUGCGCAGUCUCCAAGCGUCAAGGUGAAGCUCGAAAGCAACCACACGGCCAAGCUCUACCGCAAACACUUCCUGGGGAAGGAACAUUUUAACUAUUACUCCGUGGAUGCAGCGCUUGGACAUCUCGUCUUUUCCGUAAAGUAUGAUGUCAUCGGUGACCAGGAACACCUUCGUCUACUCUUAAGGACCAAAAGUAAAACCUAUCAUGAUGUAAUCCCUAUUUCCUGCCUGACAGAAUUCCCAAAUGUGGUACAAAUGGCAAAGCUGGUGUGCGAAGAUGUAAAUGUCGAUCGUUUUCAUCCUGUCUUGUAUCCAAAGGCCUCUCGUCUGAUCGUUACAUUUGAUGAACACGUCAUCAGCAAUAACUUUAAAUUUGGUGUUAUUUACCAGAAAACAGGACAGACAUCUGAAGAAGAGCUGUUUAGUACAACUGAUGAAAGUCCGGCAUUUAUUGAAUUCUUGGAGCUACUAGGAGAAAAAGUUCUUCUCCAGGAUUUUAAAGGGUUUCGAGGGGGUCUGGAUGUAAUGCACGGACAGACGGGGACAGAAUCUUUUUACUGGAAUUUCCGUGGCAAAGAAAUUAUGUUUCACGUUUCCACAAAGCUGCCGUAUACUGAAGGAGAUGCGCAACAGUUGCAGAGGAAGAGACAUAUCGGUAAUGACAUUGUGGCUAUUGUCUUCCAAGACGAGAAUACACCGUUUGUGCCAGACAUGAUUGCGUCCAACUUUCUGCACGCUUACAUUGUGGUGCAAGUAGAGAAUCCACUAACAGAGAACACUCUGUACAAGGUCUCUGUCACUGCCCGGGACGACGUGCCUUUCUUUGGUCCCCCUCUGCCUGAUCCAGCAGUCUUCCGUAAGGGUCAGGAGUUUCAGGAAUUUCUACUGACAAAGUUAAUUAACGCAGAAUAUGCCUGCUACAAAGCCGAGAAGUUUGCCAAACUGGAGGAACGCACGCGUGUAGCGCUGUUGGAGACAUUGUAUGAAGAGCUGCACAUUAACAGCCAGUGCAUGAUGGGACUCUGCGGCGAUGACGACAAGAUGGAGAAUGGAGGAGGUGGCGGAGGGGGAUUCUUUGAGUCUUUUAAGCGCGUCAUACGAAGUCGCAGUCAGUCUAUGGACGCCAUGGGUCUCAGCAGUAAAAAGCAGCAUACGGUCUCUACAAGCCAUAGCGGAAGCUUUGGACACAACAAUCCUGAGAACGCCAAACCCCCAGGAAUAUCAUUGCUUGUGCCCGGGAAAGCCCCCAGUAGGCAUGGACGCCGCGGAAGUGCCAUAGGCAUAGGAACCAUAGAAGAGUCAUUGAUUGUACCAGGAAAAAGUCCAACCAGGAAGAAGUCUGGGCCAUUCAGCUCGCGGAGAAGCAGCGCUAUAGGAAUAGAGAAUAUCCAGGAGGUCCAGGAGCGGAGGGAAAGUCCAAAUGGUGCUCAGAAGACCCCAGACAGUGGAAAUGUUUCCCAGGAACCCAAAUCGGAGAACUCCUCGACUCACAGCUCCCCUGAAAUGCCCACCACGAAGAACAGAAUGGACUCCUCUCCCAAACCUGAAGCCCAGAAGGAUUUCUCACGCUCCUCCUCCAGCGCAAGUAGUUUCGCUAGCGUGGUUGAAGAGAAUGAAAUGUUGGAUGAAGAAGACACCGGGAUGGAAAGUGCUUCAUCGUCUUCAGGAACUCCACACAAACGGGAUUCUUUCACUUACAGCACUUGGUUGGAGGACAGCGGGAGCAGUGCGAGCGCAGUUAGUGGGAUCAGCUCCAUAGUAGGAACACCUCGAUCUGCACAUCCAGAAGAUCCUAAAUCUGGAGACCCCUUGUAUCCAGAGAUUAAAAUACAGUUGGAAGAGACAGAGCACCACACAGCCAAUCAGCGCUGCUAGCCCUGUCUUCGCAACUUCUUCGUAGACGUACGACUGUCCGCGCAGGGACAUCAGAGGCGUCAGAAGCUGGAGGAUCUCUGGCAGACUCCGGACUUCAGUGCAGCUGAGUGUGAACAUCCUGCCUUCAAACCCAGUCUGCCGACUUCUCAC